AUGCGUAUCACUACCACCACUGAGGACACCGGCUUGUCCGAGUCCACUUAUGAACUAAUCUCGGGCACCGAUACCGAGUCUCAGGAUGGAAACUACACCGAGUCUAUCAGCGAGUCUGUCGGCUCCCUCGACGUACAUUACCCCGAAGACGUCCAUAGCCUCGCCGGCACUGAGCAGACAUACGACGACGAAUCUCUUGCCGAUGAGAACGAACCUCCUGUUUUACAAUCUGUACAAGAGUCACAGGCUAUGUCUGUGUCUGAACCUAUGGACAUAAACGAGACUCCACAAGCAGAGCAAAGCUGGGCCUCAGUCGUCAAAAACGGCCCUCUCCCUGAGGUCGAGGCUGAAAUCGAGGCAGAAGAAGAGCCCGAGCCUCAUUCUGCUGCCAAGGCUGAGCCUGAAUCUGAGUCAGAGGAUGAAGCUCGAUCUCGAAGCUCUCUUGAGUAUACUCAACAAAGCCUCAAAACCCCAUCAAUCCCUAGCCCUGACGCUAGCAUGACUGAAGACAGCCAGAAGCCGUCUCCUGAUGAUAUCCAAGAGCAGGCAGAGAGCCAGCGAGCGCGAUUCAACAAAUGGUUGAAGGAAGUUCAGCCCCACCCGAUUCGUCCCCGGGAGGCAAUGAUCAAAUUCGCCAAAUCUAUCUUCCCUGCGGUCCUCGCCCUUGUCUUGAUGUCGUUGAUCCGCACCUGCUACACUCCACUAUCGAAAGAAGUAGUACCCCACAUACCCGCAGCCACCUCCGCUGUCACAACUCACCCCACUCUGUUGACUUCAAGUUAUACUUCAUUGCCAACUUUGCAGAUUCUUUCAACAUCAGCGGGGCCUACAGGUCUUGUACCUCUUGAGAAUCUCCGGCCCGAUGAGUGGCUCUGGGGUGGCAAGCAGCCCGAGGUGACUGUUACCAAACAGCGAGGUGGCUUUUUAAUCCACAUGCCUCGAAGUGCUAAGAAACUAUGGCUUGAUCGUGACUGUCUCAAGUUCGACGCCAAGCGAGGUGAUCAAUCUGUUGGAUUCGGUACCUCAUCUGUCGACGAAGGCAUUCUUCUCAAGAUCCCCAAGGAGGAAGCCCAUGGAACAAUCAAGGUUGACAUUUUCACUACUUGUCGACCCAAGGUUCACAAGGUCCUUCGUAUCACAUUCCAGAAGGGAAUUAUCUCAGAGGCUUUGGACUCGACCUGGGCUUUUGCUCAAUACUUCCCAGAACUUGUCCCCGCUGCUGCUCAAGAGGCAGAGCGGUGCCUCGAGGAAGCCAAACGCUCCUUGGGAACAGCCUCUGACAACUUCAUGAAUACAUCUGACAGCGUCUUCAAGAACUUGGGACACAGAUUCCAAAAGGCCCACCGAUCUUUGAGCUGGAUCAAGACCGAUAUCAGAGACCGUGCCAAGAUGGCGACAGAGGGCAUCUCGAGGCAACUGGAGGCUGUUGCGGGCGACGUCAAGCAGUACAUACCGGACGCGCAAGGGAUGCAACAACAAGCAAAGUUGGAGUUGCUGAAUGCUCAGAUCAGAGCUAGGCUCUGGUGGCUCAAGUACACUGCAGGAGAGAAAGAGUAUACUCGCUACCAAUGUGCGGCCAAGCAGUUCAUGGCCAAGACACUUUCAAACGACAGGGAGCUUCGAAAGACAACCAACAAGACCAGUAAGACGUCUGCUUUCGAGCAAUUCUUCCGUGCUUGGUCCUCAAAGAACCGCCGAGACACCGGAGAAGGACAGAUGGUAUAG